AUGCCGGAGGAGAAAGAGUCGACGGAGAUUACUCCAGAUACUACGAGCUCAACGUCAACGCCAGAGGCUCAAUCAACAACGCCAGAAGCACAACCAUGGCAAGCCAUCUUCUCACCCCAGCACGGCGCAUACUAUUUCUACAACACACUCACAAACGAAACGACGUGGGAUAACCCUCUUCAGCCUUCCCCCGUUCCUUCAACCUCUACCUCUUCCUCUUCUCUUCCUAUUCCACCUGCUGCUGCUGACGAAGAACCGCCGACGACGACAUCAGCGCAAGCGCACUACGCAGCGUUGCAAGCUGCAGCCAUCGCGCAAGGUAUCGACCCCGCACUUGCCCAUCUGGAUCCCUCGCUUUUGGCUGGGGCGGGUCCGUCUGCUGGGGCGGUUACGGACGGUUCGGGCCUCCCAACAUUCACAGCCAAAUUCAACGCCCGCACCGGCCAAUUCACCCGUCCCGACGCACGCGAACCAGGUCAUUUAUCAGAAUACGAUCGUGCCCGGCGCAUGAGCGAGUUUUACUUUGAUGUAGCGGCGUGGGAAGGCGAGUUGGCUAGACGUGGGGGGGCGCUUAUGGCUGAGGAAGAUGCGGGUCAGGGAGGGAGUGGGGAUGCGCAGGGGGAGGGGAAGAAGAGGAAGAGGCCUACUAAGAAGGAUUUGGAACGGUUCAAGGCGCAGAAGAAGCUUAAGAAGAUUGCAAAGACGGCUUGGUUGAGGACGUGA